AUGGAGGACUUGAUCAUGACCUAUGUUGAUGAGGAUGGGAGCGUUAGAUUGUUACCUGGGUACAAGUUUGAUCCCACUGAUGAGGUUCUUGUGAAUUUCUACUUGAAGAGGAGGGUCUUUGCUCAACCUCUUCCUUUUCAUAUCAUUCCAGAUUUUGAUGUGUUUCAAACUGAACCUUGGGGCCUUCCUGGUGGAGAUGGAAAGAUUUUCAAUGAACGCAAGUGUUUCUUCUACAAUACAAUGGGCCGUGAUAUUGAGAACAUUGACCUAAGAGUUGCUGGGAGUGGCCAAUGGAGAGUUAUGGAAAAGGGCAAAGAUGUUCCUAUCCCCCAAAGCAAUCAGGUGAUUGGGAGGAGGAACACCCUGAAUUUUUGGGAAGAGCAAGGCGCUUGUGCUAGAAGAACCAAAUGGGUGAUGCAUGAGUUCCGUCUUGCAUUAAUUGCUAACCCAUCUAAGAUGGCAAACUGGGCUAUUUACCGCAUCUUUAAGAAUAAGAAUGCAAAGAAGGUGAAUAAUAUGCAAGAGGGUGUAAUAAGGAAAGCUCCAAUGCUAGUAAUGCCGGAAGUAUUUGAUUUCAAUGCUUAG